AUGGGCUUAGUCUUCCGAACAGCAGCGCAGUUGGCUGCACUUCUGCUCUCCCUGCUGGGAUGGGCGUUAUCCUGCCUUACAAACUACUUGCCGCACUGGAAAAACCUCAACCUGGAGCUGAACGAGAUGGAAAACUGGACCAUGGGGCUCUGGAAAUCCUGCGUCAUCCAGGAGGAGGCAGGGAGGCAGUGCAAGGAUUUCGACUCCUUCCUGGGCUUGCCAGCUGAGCUGCGGACCUCUAGGAUCUUGGUGUCCCUGUCCAAUGGGCUGGGGCUGCUGGGGCUGCUGGCCUCUGGCUGUGGCCUGGACUGCUUGAGGCUCGGAGAGACACAGAAGGGUCUGAAGAGGCGUCUGCUCACCGCGGGAGGGGUCCUGCUCUGGACCUCGGGCGUGAUGGUCCUGGUUCCUGUGUCCUGGGUGGCCCACCUGACAGUUCAGGAGUUCUGGGAUGAGAGCGUGCCCGAGAUCGUGCCCAGGUGGGAGUUUGGGGAGGCCCUGUUCCUCGGCUGGUUUGCUGGCUUCUGCCUGGUGCUAGGAGGGUGCCUGCUUCACUGUGCUGCCUGCUCCAGGCCAGCCCCUCCAGCCUCGGGCCAGUAUGCAGCGGCAGGACCGCCAGACCACUGUCAACAACUGGAGCUGAGACACACCAACCCAGACAUCUAAGGUCGAGGGAUCAGUGGCCUCUCUGCCCUUGCCCCAGCUGGACUUGGUAGGAUCUGCUCUAAUCACCCCUACUUACUGUGCUUUCUGAUUUUCUGAAAUGCAUCCUUCCCUUUUGUGGCUAACUUCUGCCAAGAGAAUUGCCUCCUACAACUGACUAAAGCACUUCUGCUUUCUAUUUGGAGGCCAAGUGAAUCAGGACCUACUAAUGUAAUCAGUCAUUCGUGUGCAUGAACUUUGUCAAACUUAUAAAGUAGGCUGUGA